AUGGCGACUAGGAUCGAUGAUGCGCCGACGUCUACAAACUUUCUAGGAGCGCCUCUCCGCGCAUCAUCCACCUUACCACCGCCCCUCUCCCUCAAUGCAAAGUUCCUGGCGCCGCGGGAACUGGAUGCUUGCGCAGUGAGGAAGACGCAGACUCAUGCUGGUGGCAUGCUAGAGCGGGCGACAGCAUGCCUCAAAGCCCGAGCAGCACGAGACUCUCUCCAAUGUGCCCAGCAGCACGCUCGGCGCGCCAGCAAACGUCUGCUGCACCACACCUUCUGGACGCAUGGCGCUGGCGACCUCGAUCUUCCGCCCUACAUCGCCAGCUCCACACCACCAGCCGGCCUGCCGCUGAGGCACGAUGACCCGCCAUCUGCGCCCAAGAACUCUCGAUCCGCUGCGCCUACGCCCUCCACUACCGAUGGCGUAUUUCUCGACUUUCUGUACCCGCCGCAAGCAUUGGCGUAUCUGCAUCGAGCCAACAGACAGUCCUUCGAGAGCUGGGAGUAUCGCAAUGCUAGGCGGUUGCCCGAAGGAUUUGUGAGGGCCUCCCGACAUUAUUCUUCGACAGCACGCUCCAAACGCCGUGAUAAAACUACCACCACCGAUCCUGAGAAGCGGCCAGAAACAUCAGCGCAGCAGGCGACUCCUGAUGACGAAGAGGACGAAGUACGCACAAGUGACCCCUUUGCUGAAGCUGCUGGCGAGCAGACCGAUAGCGCUCGUAUCCCAAGAUAUCAGGCUGAUCAGGCGACCGAGUUGGCCAAGGAGCUGGGCGUGGGCAAGAGGGCAGACACUCGCACGGGCGUACAACAAGCCUUGGAGGGCGCAGUGGAAUCCCGCGCAAAUGAUUUUGCUGAUACUGCCGGCGAGCUCGACGACAUGCAGUCACGUAACGUCGCUGAACGGUCUCGUGCCAGGGAGAAUGCUGUCGUGGUAGGACAGUCCACGCUCGUGGACAGCACGCAUGCACCCGAUCAACGUCUGCGUCAGCUUCGCUUCAUCAUGGCAAUGAAACGUGAACAUGUCACGCAGGUCUUAAUUCGUCAGGCGUGGCAACUCUACCUGUCCCUGCAUGAAGAUGAUAAGCGGGAUCUUCGACUAAAGGAGAAGCUCCUGGUGUGGCUCAAUGAGCGAGAAGAUGAGCUUGCCGAUGCAUAUAUCACCGCUUUGUUCUGGUCUAUCCCCUUGCAUUCGCGCACUCUGCCCAUAUAUCAGACUGUGGCGCAGUCGUUUCUGAGAGGCACCAGGGCCAACUCUCUGCUGUCUGUUCUGCACAAGGAGGCUUUGACGAAUAUUCCUAAUGGUCAACAACUGACACUUCAACUGUUCACACACGCGUUGAAGACCGAGAACUUCUACGCAUUGCGUCGCGCUGUGAAAGAGCAUGAUCGCGUUUUCAUGUCAGCAGGGCAAUCUAUGAGCGUCGAGCUAUUCUGGGUCAAAGUCGCCGAGAUACCAGACCUCAUGACCAGCGUAUUGCCGCUGGCGAAGCGUUCCGAUGGCGCAAACCGAUCAGAGAUUCGAAACUUGCGCGUCAAAUUAUCCAAAGAAGCUGUGCAGCAGGCAACAGACGGACUUUUUCACGAGCAGCCAUCGAUCGUCCGCACGCAGGAGAUUUUCGCGCUUCUCAAUGUCAUCAACAAAUACGACUCGCACGCCCGGCGUUUCUUCCACACGCUGCUUGUGCGCCUGCUUCCUGCUUUAGGACAACAGCGCGUAGAGAAACAUGGCGAUGGCAGCUCCAUUUCCGUGAGAGAGAAUGCGCAUCAGAUCAUCUCCUAUCUAUAUUGGCACAGUCGGCAGGGCGAAGAUACAAAAGUCCACCCCGAUCUGAUGUUGAUCUGGUUGAAACAUUUGACCAGUCGAAUGGACACAACGAACAAAGAGUAUCGCUCGGAGCGCAAUGCCACGGCUAGCAUGGUCAUCGAGGAUUGGCAGGCAUGGUACGAGCAAUUGAGUGCUGAUGCUGUUCACAACCUUAUAUCGUACAGCGCACGCGCUGGUGCUGUUGAUGCCUUGAGCCAGUGGACCGCUUACCUUAACCGCCGAUACCCAAGUUAUCAAGAGCAGCAGAAAGCCUUUUGGGCUCAAAUCUAUGUACACGCCCAAUUGUCUGAUCUAGCUGCGGCGAAACAGGCAUUCAAAGAUGUGAGUCGUUCUGCUCGAGCACACGGCGCUAGGGUUGAUUUGAAAUGCUGGAAUGUGCUAUUGUACGCGCACCAACAAGCAGACGACCUCGAAGGGGCCAUGGAGACAUUCAAGGAAAUGCUGCAAAGAACCAAGUUUGUGCCUGACGCGGCCUCUUUUGCGCCACUCGUGAACAUGCUGGCGAGGCGAGGCGACGUUGAUGCGGUCGAGGAUAUCUUGCAACAGUACGACCUCCUCACGCAGGAGAAGCGGCCGACGAAGUUCGUGCGCGCCCAUAUUAUGGCAUUGAACCUGAUCGACGAUCCAUCUCAAGCGGAGCUGUUGCUGCAGGAGUCUUUGGUAAAGGUCCGCCAGGGUCAAAUCAUCGGAUCUAUGACGGAUUGCGUCAACCUCAUGCUGGCGAAAUAUGCCUCUAUGCGCGACAUAGAUGCUACGAUGCAUAUAUAUCGCGUCAUGAAGCAACGAAACAUCUUUCGAAAUGCCACAACAUACCGACAUCUGAUGCAAUCCCUGGCCAAUUUUCGUCAGACGAAUGCGGCAUGGGCUAUUUUGACGAAAGGUAUGAGAAGAGACGGCUUUGUGCCGACCGCUGCACAUUACACUGUGGCUAUGGCUGGGUUCAUCAAUGAAGACCAGGCCGACAAGGCCAUCAUGGCCCAUCAACACAUGGUGAAGCAAAAUAUUCGAGAAAGCUUGUCUACGAAGCAGAAUUUGAUCAAAGCGAAGGCGCUCAUAGAGAAGAAAGUCCACAACCGUGCUCGAAAUUCCGGACAAGAGAUCUCGCCACCGCUAGCAAAUGCAUUGGCUGAUUUGCAGGCGAUGGUGGAAGAUCUCAAUCCGCGAGAUAUCACAGCACGAGACCGCUCAGGUGCUCACUCUCAUACCGCUCAGGAUAUGUUUUCCCCAGUCAUGUGGGCUUUAGGUGGCGAGCAGCAAGUGGAAGUCGUGCAGCAGUUGUUCCAAGACUCGCAAGCUACUGCGAACAAGUACGGCCACUCGCCUUGGCCAACAAUACGCCUUUCAGCUGGCUUGAUGAACGCAUUCUACCAUGCCAAGGAAUUUGCCCAAGUGGAAGCAUAUUGGAAAGUUGUCAAGGAGCAAGUCGACGGCAUCGCAGCUCGUUCACCAGUGCCCGACUUCGUGGCUCUUCGACAGAUUGCACGAGAGAAGCCAACUUCCAACGGCGUUGGGAUGACAGCUUCGGACGGAGCUGAGAUGGACGAUCGAGCAGAGUUGGGUUUCACGACUGAUCAGAAGUCCGAGGCCGAGGCUUCGCGAGCUCCCAUGCAAUCAGUCCAAAUGUCAAACCUUGGGCCACGACCAGCGCCGGCUCGACGAGGAGUGCUGACUCGGCCUUUCAGGAUUUACCUGGCUUCCCUUGCCGCACAAAAUCGGCUAGAGGAAGGUAUAAGAGAAGCGACUCGCCUGUUAAGCCAAGGGUAUACCUUCGACAACAUCACAUGGAAUCGCUUCAUCGAGUAUAUUGCUGGAUCAGAACCACCUCUGGCGUUACUUGCAUUUACACUUGUCGAGCGUUAUCUCAUCAGGAAAUUUCCAGGAUGGAUUGGCAACGCCAAUCGCAGAUAUCCCCUUCGCAAGUCUGCCCGCGCGCUUGGCAUGCAGUAUAUCCGAGCGCGAUAUCUAGCGCAGAACGAACUGAUGCCUCAGUAUCGUACAUUCAUUUGGCUUGCCAAGGCUUUGCUCGAGGUCAGGCGGCGCGAAGCUGGUGGUUGGCAAGGUAAGGAUGGAGAGCAAGGCAUCAAUGCAACUACCAAACGAUUGAUCGGGACCACUGCGCAAAUUCGUGAGAAGGCACCCAGGACACUGAGGGCUGUACAAAUGAUGCCCAGGAUUGAAGACAAAUGGCAGAACAGGUUGCUGAGGGGCAUUGGAUGGAAGUUCCCGCCUGGAGCUGAUCGAAAGCCGACUAUUGGUGAUGCUCAACUCGUGCAUGCCCUGGACGACUCUGAACCAUUGACUGACGAUGAUCUUGCCUUUCUGGCAGAUGCUGGUCUUGAUACAAAAAGCUCGACGAACGAGAAUGCCUCGCAGCAGGAUUCGAGUAUGGGGAAGCCUGACGAUGGGACUGCAGACGCAGAGAGCACAACGCCUGAAACUGCAUCCACUACGAGUGCUGUUGACGAGAUGCCUCAAGUUGAGAGCAAGACAUAAGAGUGCGCAUCGACGCGUUGUAGAUGUCUGUAUAUAUGUAUCAGAAGCUUGUACAAUAAGCAUCACUGCUGUUGACUGCGUCGUCUGGGCCAUUGUUGCAUGACACGCGAACGAGGGUGUUACUGUAUGUGAUCGCACAGUAGUCUGGCCGAAUCUAGGUGCAGAGGAUUACCACAACUCAGGAGCAACGUCGGCCAACAUGUCACACCACAUUCCGGC